AAGAGUGUGGAAGCCACCGUAGUCACUCGAACUCGAACCUGCAGUGGUUUUAACCUGUGAAACUGAUUUAGCCCGUGGAAGUGACGGAGUUCUCAUUCGCCCAUGCCCUCGUUGGUGUGCGAACUUAAACUAUGCUCUGUAAGAUCGAGCCAGGGCAAAGAUGCAAUGGAGGUCAAUAGUGGUUGGUCUGGUCGUGCUGAGACUCUCCCUCAGCUGUGUACUGUGGCUAGCUUUCGGACUGGGACCUAACGUGAGCUGCGGGUUCAACUUCCCUCUUGGAUUCAAUUUGGGCAAAUUAGACUUGUUGUUCAGGGAGGGGAAGGGGAGCGACCAGAGGGGCAACUCUUGGUCUCAGCGCAUACGCGGACACAGCUAUGAAGAGCCGGCGAGUACAUGUACACAGGUUGAGGAGGACUCACCCAAGAGGUCCUACCUGAGCUUCUUCGACGGCAACAAGGACGAGUACGUGCGGCGAUACAGCUCCUUCCCCGACACGCUGAAGACGGAAAUGAAAGCCAUGGCCAAGGAAAUGUUCUAUUUCGGAUACGACAAUUACAUGAAAUACGCCUUUCCUGAGGACGAGCUGAAUCCCAUUGACUGUGAAGGACGGGGACCGGACGUGCUCAACCCGUCAAACAUCAACAUAAACGAUGUCUUGGGGAACUACUCUCUUACACUGAUUGACACCUUAGACACUCUGUUGGUGCUUGGCAAUGUGACAGAGUUCCAGAGAGCCGUCAAGCUGGUUAUAGAUACUGUAUCUUUUGACAAGGACUCAACGGUGCAGGUGUUUGAGGCAAACAUCAGGAUCUUGGGCAGCCUUAUCUCGGCUCAUAUCCUGCUGACUGACCCAAAGCAUCCAUUUGGCAAGGUGGGCCUUGAAGGUUAUGACAACGAGCUGCUCCACUUGGCUCACGACUUGGCCGUCCGCUUACUGCCGGCCUUUGAAAACACCAGCACAGGCAUUCCUUACCCCAGGGUAAACUUGAAGACUGGCGUCCCCUCUGAUAGCGUCAACGAGACGUGCACUGCAGGAGCCGGGUCCCUACUGGUGGAGUUUGGGAUUUUGAGCCGCUUAAUUGGGGAUUCCACAUUUGAAUGGGUAGCCAGGCGAGCUGUGAGAGCUCUUUGGAACCUGAGGAGCAACAAAACCGGUCUGUUAGGGAACGUUGUUAAUAUCCAAACAGGCCAGUGGGUUGGCAAGCAGAGCGGGCUUGGAGCUGGUAUGGACUCGUUCUAUGAAUAUUUGCUCAAGUCAUACAUCCUUUUCGGUGAAAAAGAGGACUACAGGAUGUUUCAAGCUGCUUAUGAGAGCAUCCAGAACCACAUGCGGAGAGGGAGAGAGUCCUGUAAUGAAGGAGACGGCGACCCUCCCCUCUAUGUGAACGUGAACAUGUUCAGUGGUGAAAUCAUGAACACGUGGAUUGACUCGCUGCAGGCCUUCUUUCCCGGGCUGCAGGUGCUGAAUGGUGAUGUAGAUAAUGCCAUCUGCCUGCAUGCCUUCUACUAUGCCAUCUGGAAACGCUUUGGGGCUUUGCCAGAGAGAUACAACUGGCAGCUGCAGGCUCCUGACGUGCUCUUUUAUCCCUUAAGACCAGAACUGGUGGAGUCGACUUAUCUGCUGUACCAGGCGACCAAAAACCCUUUCUAUUUGCAUGUGGGAAUGGAUAUUCUGCAGAGCCUUGAGAAAAAUGCCAAAGUCAGGUGCGGUUACGCCACUCUUCACCACGUCGUCGACAAAUCCAAAGAGGAUCGCAUGGAGAGCUUCUUCCUCAGCGAGACCUGCAAAUACCUUUACCUUCUAUUCGACGAGGACAACCCACUUCACAAAUCUGAUAACAAGUACAUCUUCACCACAGAGGGCCACGUCGUGCCUAUAGACCAACGCUUCAGGGAGAAACAGUGGGACGACAUGUUCCCAUGUGAGGAGGGGGCGUUGGCGGAACGAGAGCCAAACGCACAACCGCCUCUCGGCAACAUCAGCAAUUGUAACAGGAUCCCAGAGGAGCGACGGUACACUCUGCCACUGAAAAGCGUCUACAUGAAGCAGAUCGAUCACAUGGUGGGACUGUUUUGAGAGAAACAAUGAAGAAUGAAGCUGUGAAGCGGCCUUCACUUUCGUCCUCCCGAGGUGCAAAACGCUGCAAGGUUUACAAGAAACCAAACUGCUGGUCAAAAAAACCCUCAGCUGACGGGAAAGUGACACUUAAAAGGAAACCUGAGAAAGCAGUUUGUUUCCUUGCUGUAUUAAUUAAAAGUUCUCUGGGUGUGUGAGCAAUGGAAACAAUGGUUCCUGCUUGACGACAAAGAGGAGGAGGAGUCAUGCGUCACCAAUUUUUUUUUUUUUUUGGCUGGUGAUAAAUUAACUGUGGUUUUUUAGAAUGACUAGGUGUGUGUGUCUGUUCAGUGACGAUGAGUGUGCGUCUACUUUUGUGUGAAUGUGUUCACGCGACAGCUAAGCUGUGAAUAAUACAGUUGUGUUUAAGGGAACAGUGCCAUCUAGUAGCCACACAUGAUGUAAAAUGUAUUGCCUAUAAAAACUCACCUCCAGUUCAUUUUCUAAACGUGACGACCAGUGGAAUCUGGACUGCAUCGUCGCUGUUAUCUAAGGGCUACGUAUCGAUAGGUGACGCCUCUUACACGCACUGUAAAACACUGCAUCCUGUGAGGUUUGCGAUGCAUUUUUCUUAGAUUGUGCCUAUAGGAAGUUUUUCGGGGUCUUUUGUAGACCUGAGGCUAGUUUGUCCAAAAUUGUCGACGCGGCUACUUUUGUCUGUCUCGCUUUAGAACAAAAUGAACAAUAAUCAAACAGUUUAGUUUCUCAACAUCUUAUAAAAGGGCAAACAAACGUGCCAUCAGUCUGUGUGUGUGUGUACUUGUAUUUGUUACCUCUUUUAGGACCUUUUUCUAGCAUUAACACUGACCUCGUCAGGACCAGUAGUCCUCAUGGAGACCAAAAACCUGGUCCUAAUGAGGCUUGGUGAACCUCAUUUUCUGAGGAGCUGGUUAGGAUUUGAAUUGUGGUUUAUUUAAAGUUAGGGUUAGACAUUAAGGUCGGGGGAUAAUGUUAUGUUAAGGCAAAUGAAUGGAAGCUGCGUGUGUGAGAGGUUAAGGAAGACUCUGUUUUUAAAGUGCCUUCAAACGAUCGUGGUCUUUCUCGAUGCUGUACAGUGCAAAUUACUUGUGGUUCAUUUUGAGUAGAGUAUUUUUUUGUUUUGAGGCCAAUGACAGAACUGCACAAUAGGGUUAAUCCAUGAAAUGUCUAUGUGACAGUUUUACAUCAUGACGAAAUAAGCCAUAAAACACAUUUUUUGUAAUGGUAAAUAAGUGAAAAAAAACAUGUAUUGUUGUUAUUUUCUCGUCAGACAUGAUUUUCCUCCGCAUAGUUUGAUUUAUUCUCACGUUUAUUAAUUGUCGCGUGGUGAGAACUCAGGGGUUUCAAGGAAAAAAACAAACAGAAAGCAAUAAGAGCUUUCAUUAAAUUAAGUGUCUAUACGUGUCUUAAGACAGACAGCAUUAGGUGUUUAUAUUGCAAAAUGUUACAGCUUGUUCAUCUAAAAUGUCGGGGAAUAAUCGCACCUGAAAUGAAGUCCAGUUGAUACUGGCUGUGGUUGCAAUAUCAGCCGUUACAACACUAUCACCCACUUUCUCCUCAGAUUAUUAUUUAACAUUUUGGUAAAUGUGUUGUUUUUUUACUUUCUUUUUUUAAAGGGUUGCACGAGAGAAGAUCUAUGACACAAAAGCCUUUUGGCCGCUGCAUGCAUAUUGCAAAAAUGUUCGUAAUAACGUUUCACAAUUGUUUGUUGCUCAUAAAGUUGCAGGUAGAUAAUCGUCUCUCACAUACACAGGGCAGACGUACGGUGUCGCUUUGUCAUUAGCUUUCAUUAGUAGCUCCGGAUUCACAAACAGCUUUGGUGCAAUAACGUGCUCAACUUCUUUUACUUUGUGGGCAUUUAUCGAUCAAAAUACACGUCAUUUGUAAACUAGGGCUGCGACUAAUGAUUAUUUUUCAUAAUCGAUGAAUAUGUUGAUUAUUUUCUCGAUUUGUUCGAGUCAUGAAAAUGUCAGGAAAUGGUGAUCAGUGUUUUCCAAAUCUGGAGAUGAUGGUGAUGAUGAUCUUGAUUGAAAACCGGAAUUGUUCAGUUGUAAUGAUUUCACAAAACGGUCACAUUUAAGAAGCUAAAAGAAUCACAAACUCGAUUAAAUGAGUGAUUGUUUCAGCCCGACUUUUGGACAGUGUUGGGCGAGCUGUUAAAACU